AUGGCUUAUCCAGUCAAGCUAUUGAUGAGAUCGACGAGGAACCUUACAACCACCAACCACCAAGGACAGGAGUUCAUGUUUUAUCAAGGCUGGAGUACUGGGACAUUCCGGUACUUCCUGCCCGCGCUAGAAUCCAGCCGGGAUAUCUCGGACCUUAUACGAUCGUAUGCAGCGAUUCGAGCAACGUCAUGCUUCGAAUGCGAACUUUUACCGAAUUGCUUAUGCCUACUUCACCACGAUGCAGACGCCUUUACUGCUGAUAUUGCGAAGCUGACAGCACGGCUGAUUAUGAUAAACGACUUUACGUUGCAUUCAACAUGCCAGAGUUACUUUGAAUGGGUAGCCCUUUACACCAUCUACCAGGCAAAGGGACUGGAACGCCAUGGCUGUCUAAAUCGCUUAACUCUAUCCAAGGCGUACGUUAUCGUACUCUAUAUUAGGCCGCAUAUGUGCGGUCAGACAAUGCUGCUCCCCGCCGGCCAACAAGGACGCAUCACCAGAGUGAGUUAG